UUCUUUCCUACUGUUUGAGGUCGGACAUUUUUUUCAACGCACUUCGCUGAGACUUGUUUACAAAUAACAGCUGUCCGAAACUCAACACAGUGUUGAUGUUGUGUAUUUCGCCACACAAUGGAAGAGGAACUGUAAAUAUUACCCCUGAGAGAUAUUCUCUUCGAGACCAAGCCUGACAGGCUUGGUGUCGUGUCGGCCAGUCUCAUGGCGGAGGGAGGCACCAAGCUGACACUGAGGCGCCUGGAGGCUCCCAUUCACAAGUUCAUUAAAGUGGCUCUACCAACCGACCUAGAACGGCUUCAGAAACACCACAACAACAUCCUGAAGUACCAGCAAAGGCAACAAUGGGGCCGUCUUCAUCAGGAGCACAUAAAUGCCAGCCGAACAGUUCAGGAAAUAUCCGGUCGGGGGCCCAGCACUCAACAUGCUGGUGACGACAUGGACGAGGAGUCCGUUUCUGGCUGGCAAAUCCACACCCAGCUGCCAGAGAUACCUGUAGAAGAGAGUGCUGCCGAGUCUUGGGAUAACCUGGAAGAGGACCUGAAGCAGCUGAGUAGUUUGGUCUCCAGCUUCUCUGUGCUUGUCCAUUCCCAGCAGGAGAAGAUUGACAGCAUUGAGGACAACGUCAACACGGCCGCUGCCAAUGUGGAGGAGGGGUCCAAGAGCCUGGGGAAGGCGGUGGGAUACAAGUUGGCCAUCCUGCCUUUGGCCGGAGCACUCAUCGGCGGAGCGUUAGCCGGCCCGCUCGGCCUGCUGAUUGGACUGAAAACCGCGGGAGCGGCAGCCAUUGGGGGCGGGGCCCUGGGCUUCGCGGGCGGCAACCUGGUGAAGAAUCACCGUAAAAACCUGCUGACGUUGCGGAUGAAGCAGUUGACGGCGCCGCCAUCCGACGUUCGGUCAAGCAAGGAUGAGUGAGAGACGGCCGGCCUCGUGUUCCUUGCUUGAUUAAUCAAGACUGCGAGCUGUUAACUACAGAUGCGAAUCCGUUUGCGUUCAGGACGUACGUAACCAUCCUCUUUUGUGCUGACAUAGUUGUGUGUUCAGCCUCACCUUAAAUAUAAAAUGGAGACACCAUGGACACUUUUAGAGACCUGAACCCUCUCUCCUGGAAGAACUACUGCCUGUUUUGUCAACUUAACAUGAUCUCAAAGAUCCAUUACAAGAGCUGUGUAAAAAAA